AUGGCUACAUCACGGUUUAUGCGAAGUUUUGAAAUGUUGAUAACGGGAAAGUACAAGGUUGUAAGAAAAAUCGGAGGUGGUUCUUUUGGUGACAUAUAUUUGGCGAUCAAUAUUGGUACUGGAGAGGAGGUAGCCGUGAAGGUAGAAUCUAUAAAAGCUAGACAUCCACAGCUUCUAUAUGAGAGCAGAGUUUAUAAAAUGCUUCAAGGCGGGAUCGGUAUACCGCAUAUAAGAUGGUUUGGUUUCGAAAAAGAUUACAAUAUCUUGGUAAUGGACCUGCUGGGACCAUCUCUAGAAGACUUGUUUAACUUCUGCUCUCGCCAGUUCACUAUAAAGACUGUACUAAUGCUCGCGGAUCAAAUGCUGGGUCGUGUGGAGUACAUCCAUUGUAAAUGCUUCAUCCAUCGUGAUAUAAAACCCGAUAACUUCCUAAUGGGCAUCGGACGUCACUGCAACAAACUAUACAUGAUAGACUUCGGACUGGCCAAGAAGUUCAGGGAUCUACGUACUAGAGCCCACAUUUCGUACCGCGAGGACAAAAAUCUUACCGGCACGGCGCGAUACGCCUCCAUCAACGCUCAUCUCGGCAUUGAACAGUCCCGCAGAGACGAUAUGGAGUCACUAGGAUAUGUACUUAUGUAUUUCAACAGAGGUUCACUGCCAUGGCAAGGCUUGAAAGCUAUAACGAAGAAACAAAAAUACGAGCGAAUCAGCGAGAAAAAGAUGUCUACACCCGUCGAGGUUCUAUGCAAGGGUUUCCCGGCUGAGUUCGCGAUGUAUUUGAACUACUGCCGCGGAUUACAGUUCGACGAGUGUCCCGACUAUAUGUAUUUAAGACAGUUGUUCCGUAUCCUGUUCCGCACGAUGAACUACCAGUACGACUACACGUUCGACUGGACCGUGCUGAGGCAGAGGAAGCAGCAGUCGUUGGAGAUCAUCGCCGGCGCUGAGAGACGCUCGCCGCCCGGGCAGAGGCGCGCCGCGCAGCAGAGUCCGCAGCCGCCCGCCAACAACGAGGUGGGGGACAGACAGACAUACAGACAUACACACGGACAUAAAGACACACACGUACAGAAAGACAUACAAAUGAGUUUAUGA